AUGGAGUGGUUGGCCCUUGCUGCGAUGCAGAACACCCUGAUGAUGCAAGAGCAACUCCAGCAGGUUGCCACCUCACAGGAGGUCACUGCCGCGCCCAAGAAGAAGACGAUGACGGCCAGGACGGUCGGGAGAAGCUCCGCGUGGACCUGGCACGUCGCUGGGGUGGGAUGUGGAGCAAGGGCGAUCUACAGUGAAUCAAAAGAGGAACCGAUGACUGUGGAGGUGAUGGGAUGUGCUUGGUUUGUUGACAUGUGGAGAUGGACCAAGUCCAAUUUGUCCUAUGUGAAGCAACACCGUCCAGAGCUCUUCAAAGCGAAGGGAGGAGAUGAGGCUCAGGAUGCGGUGCCAGGCUUCAAGCCCUAUGGGGAGGAGAGGGAGCAGCUUCGAUUGGUCAAGGAGGGCUGGCUCCACAACCCGGACACGGGGGUGUUUCUGGAACCUGGUGGGCAGAAGCUGUGGUUUGACCCGGAGGCCACCGUGGUUUUUUGGGGCUCGCGGCGCGUGUGGUUUGGGGUGAAAGAGUACAAAGAGCUCUUCGAGGGCUCGGUGCUGCCUCUCUGUGCUCAUGGCGGAGCCAGCUCAAGUACGGCCACCAGCAAGCACUUGUUCAUCCCUGACUUGCACCGCACUGCACAAGCCCUGAAGGCCGACCUGGGACAUUUGGAUCGCCCGGCUGCCUUGCUCGCCUUGUUGGACGCCGCGAGCGCCCCGCCGCAUGAGCGGCUGAUCCGGCGACUGGCCGCAUGCCGCAGCGAGUGGUCUAUGGAGGCCCUGUGGAAAGGAAUGAAAGGGCGAGCUCCCCAUGCGCAGGCCCAAAGUAUCGCGCUGGCAUUGGUGGUGGGCCAAAGAGCCUUCGCUGCGGCGUUUCGGGGGGCACGGUGUUGGCGUUUCGGGGAGCUCGGACCCUCAGAGGGACAUGGAGUCACCAAAGCAGACUUCAUGAAGUGUGAAGUGCUUUGCCACGACUUUGAGAAGUCUGGUGCUGCCUACGUGGUCCUCUCGAUGGGAGAUUUGGGUCUAAAGGCUUCAGAGAUCCGAGAAGUGGUGCUGCCUCACCUCACUCAAGCCAGGCCACGAGCAGCCAGUCUGAGCCUGCGGCAGGCUGCCCAAGGGGUCGGCAUUGGUUGCAUGAGGCGCGUGGGAUCCGAGCGCGGAGGACCACCCAUGCUGGGACAAGGCAGGCAGCCUGCCAAGCGGCAGCGCGUGGUGGGUGUGGAUGCCAGGGAGGUGCCCGGACGCGUGCGCAUCCGGCAAAUCCUCUUGCGAGCCUGGCGUGGGGGAACGGCACCGAAGCCAGAGGAGCCGACAGAUUGGGAAUCCUUGACAGGUGAAUAG